AUGAUGAAUUCUGUAAAUAGUUCAACAGAUGAUAUGAUUAUUUUAUUAUUGGGUGAAACAGGUGUUGGAAAAUCAACAUUUAUUAAUGCUUUAGUUAAUUAUUUUACAUAUGAAAAAUUAGAUGAUGCAAUAGAUGGUCAUAUGAUAUCAGUAAUUCCAUCAUCAUUUGUAAUGACUGAUCCAGAAACAUUUGAACAAACAAAAAUAAAAAUUGGUGAAGAUUUAAACGAAAUGGAUCGACCUGGACAAUCGGCAACACAAUCAUGUCGUUGUUAUGUAUUUCCAAUUGGUAAUAGAAAAUUAAAAAUUAUUGACACGCCCGGUGUUGGUGAUACAAGAGGUAUUGAUGAAGAUAAAAAAAAUUUUAAAAAUAUUUUAUCAUUUAUUGGUCAUUAUGAACAUAUAAAUGGAAUUUGUAUGUUAUUAAAACCAAAUGAAUCAAGAUUAAAUAUAUUUUUUAGAUUUUGUAUUAAAGAACUUUUAACACAUCUUCAUAGAAGUGCAAAAGAUAAUAUUAUAUUUUGUUUUACAAAUGCACGUUCAACAUUUUAUUCACCGGGUAAUACGGCACCAUUAUUAAAACAAUUAUUAACUGAAUUAAAACAGACAACAAAUGUUGAUGUACCAUUUAGUAAAGACAAUACAUUUUGUUUUGAUAAUGAAGCGUUUCGAUUUGUUGCUGCAAUAAAAAAUAAUAUUCCAUUUACUGAUGAACAAAAAGAAGAUUUUCGUAAAAGUUGGGAUACAUCUGUUAAAGAAGCAAGUAAUCUUAUUAUACGUAUAAAUAAAUGUCAACCACAUCAUGUUAAAGACACAAUAUCACUUAAUGAAGCAAGAAGACUUAUUGUUGAAUUAACAAGACCAAUUGCAGAAAUAACACAAAAUAUUCAAUUAAAUAUUAAAGUUGCUGAAGAUAAAAAACGUGAAUUAAUUAAUGCUGAAAUAUCAAUUAGUGAUUUAAAUAAAAAAUUAAAAAUACCAGCUGUUGAUUUAAAAAGUACAUCACUUUCAUAUCCAAGAACUGUUUGUACAAGUACAAGUUGUGUAAAAUUUGUUAAAUUUGGUAAUAUUGAUAAAAUUAAUUAUGUAACACACUGUCAUGAACAUUGUUAUCUACAAGGUGUUGCACAAGAUGUUGUUAAUAAUGCUGCAUUACAAAAAUGUUCAGCAAUGAAUUCAGCUAAUCAAUGUACAAAAUGUUCAUGUGGUUAUGAAAAACAUAUGCAUAUUACAUAUGAAACAGAACAAAUAAAUACAGAAGUUAUUGAUACAUCAGUACAAAGAAAUAUUGGUUCACAACAAGAUGCUGCAGGUGCAAUUAGAAAUUUUCAAAAUAAGUUACAACAACGUAUUACAGAUUUAAAAACAGAACAACAAAAAAUAACUGAAGUAUGUGCAAAAUUAUCAAUAUUUCUUUAUGCAAAUUCCAUUACACCAUAUAAUGAUGAUCUUAUUGAAUAUGUUAAUCAUUUAUUAAGAGAAGAAAAAGAUAAACGUGCAUAUGGAUCAAAUAAUCAAGAUGUUAUUAAUGGACUUCAAACAAUGGUUAAUGCUUAUGAAAAGGAAAUAAAAAUAUAUAAAGAUACUUUAGCAUCAGUUAAUUCAACACAACGUAAUUUAAGAGUACCAAAUGUUGCUGAUAUUCAACCAAUGAUCGAAAGUCUUUAUAAUCUUCCUAUAAGGGGAGCAGAAUUAAGACAACAAAUUAGUUUAAUUAGAAGAGGUCAUGAUACAACUGUAAAUGGAUUUGAAAAAAUGUAUGAACCACCUAAAAAUCGAACACUCAUAUCAAAAUUUAAACAUCUUUUUACAUAA